AUGGUUCCGCCAGCGCCCAAGGGCAGCUUGAAUCUGCACAAUGCUCUUAGCCAGAGCAUGAACACCGGGCAAUUUAGUGACCUGCGGUUUGUCUGCAAAGAAAGGCAUUUCCUGGUUCACAAGAUCAUCGUCUGUCCGCAAAGCCCUGUUAUAGCAACAGGAGUCAACGGACCAUUCCGGGAAUCGCAAACUGCCUCUAUCAGCAUGGACAAGUUCGAUACCAGUACCGCUGAAUGCCUCGUUGAUCACCUGUAUACCGGUGAUUACGACUCCCACUCUAGGAUUCCGACCAUCGAAGCCAGUUCUGCUGCUAGCGCUUCAGAGCUUGAAUGUCUAUCGCCUCCUGGUCCACGAACGGACAUGAGUCUAUCGGAGCACAUCCGCGUCAACGCGAUUGGUGAUUAUUAUCAAGUCGUCGGUCUUAUCGCGCUUGCAAACGAUAGAAUUCGAGAUCUACUGCAGAGUUCUAAUAGCUAUAAGAUAACUCACGCAGAGCUUCCUGCCGCUGUUGACCUUGCACUGAAUUCCACGGCGAAUACUGAGGUGUUUGACAUUCUCGCUGAAAUUAUGGCAGACGGACUACUGACCGUGAUCGAGUGGGAGGAAGUAAAGUCCCUCAAAUCUGAGAUGCCUGACUUUGCCAUCAAAGUGCUGCAGAGUUGCGUGGGAAAGAUGCGGGAACUUCACAAACAGAUCCAGGGGCUAAACUCUGAUCUCACAUGCAAAGAUCACGAACUUCAAAGCAACCAAAAAGCCUAUCAGAUGGCUGAAUCUGAGUUAACCCACAUUAAGCUGUCCUUCGAGGUUCUCAACAAGACCUCAAUAUGCAGAAACCCAAAUUGUCAUGUCAAGUUCGAGUGUUACUUCGAUGACAGAACGUAUAAACUGCGGUGCGAGAGGUGUGGGUGCAGGCAUUCGUUGCCCUACGACGCUCAUGGCCUCUGA